AUGAUCGUUGCAGUAAUCGGAACAGGCGUCAUCGGGUCAAGCUGGGCCUGCCUGUUCCUCGCAAAGGGCCUUAGGGUCAUCCUUACUGAUCCAGCACCAUUCGCAAAGCAGGAUUUCGCCCGAUUUCUGGAGACCACCUGGGAAGUCAUACCGAAGAACGAGAUUGCUGCAGGUGCAUCAAAGGAGAAUUACCAAUUUACGAAUGAUAUCCUGCCCUAUUUGAACGAGGUUGACUUUGUUCAGGAGAAUGGCCCAGAAAGAAUCGAGAUCAAAACCAAAUUAAUCUCCCAAAUCGACGCACACACCAGAUCCAACGUUAUCAUCGCAUCCUCGUCUUCCGGCAUCCCAGCGUCCCAGUUCGUGCACGAGUGUAAAGUCAAUCCAUCGCGCGUCCUGAUCGCACACCCAUUCAACCCUCCCCACCUCCUCCCUCUGGUAGAAAUCAUUCCACACCCCGGCUCCAGCAAUUCCUCAAUAACAAAGGCCUUGGAAUUCUACAAGGCUCUAGGCAAAACCCCCAUCACUCUCAACCACGAAGUCCCCGGCUUCGUCGCGAACAGACUCCAAGCCGCCCUCAACAACAAAGCCUACAGCUUAGUUAGUCGGGGCGUUAUUUCGGCGCAGGACCUGGAUACCGCGGUUACGAAUGGGCCAGGAUUGCGUUGGGCGUUGAAUGGGCCCUUCCAGACGAAUGCACUGGGUGGGGAUGGCGGGACGGCCGGGUUCUCGCACCGGCUGCAGCACUUGGGGUCUGAAAUACAGAAGUGGGAAAGGGAUAUGGCUGAGCAUCGGUUUGAUUGGAGCGAGGCUGCGCUGGGGAGUUUGACGGAUGCUGUCGGGGUAUACCUCGACGGUGUGGAUCCUGCUGAUGUUAAAAGGGAGCGCGAUAGGAGACUACUGCGUAUUUUGGAGUUGAAGAGAUUGUGA